UGAACCUCAGAUCGUCCAUGCCACAAUCAACUGCCGAUCCGCCUUUUGCAGGAUCAGAAUAGGCCAGCAAGUGCGGAGUUUGCAACCAUGCUGACCUGACACGCCCUCUACCCCACGAUCCAUCGGCGGUAAUAAUGACUAUAUACGAGACCGAACCCGAAAUGUACACCGAAGUGCGGGAAGCCGUGCUUGCAUGGGAUGUUCACCUGCUGUAUAAAAACUAUGUGAGGACACACCAAACCGGACUAGUUUCAACUACUGUACUCACUUCCUUCCAUAUCGUGUCUGUUCACCCCACUAAGCGGAUAAAGAAUUUAGCUUCGUCAUGUCCGUCAAACAAAGUCAUCAUUGUCACGGAGGCAAUCGUCCUCCAUUUACUAUCCAAGGAUGUAUCUGUUGUUGGCGUAGACCUCAACAAAGAUGGUCUGCAGAAGCUUAUCGAUGAACUAAUUCCAGGUGGUCCGGCGAUAUUACUCUUGAGGCCGUCCAGCAAGAUGCUGUCAGCAAGGGCUAUCUUCAGUGGUACGCUAGUGGCAUUGGUCAACAAUGCUGGUAUUGUUCAGCCCAUAGAGUCACCCAGUUGCGUCCUCAACGUCGUGGCUCCGCUUGCAUUGAUCCAGAAGACGCUUCCUUACCUGCGUGCUAUCAACGGACGUAUUAUCAACAUCUCUUCUGACGCAAGUAGAUACCCACUUGUUAACCAUGCUGCAUACGGUGCGACAAAGGCGGCGCUCAGCUACAUUACCUCUGUGCUGGCAAUUGAGGAGCCCGAUAUCACUACAAUUGCCUUCCAUCCGGGUGUUGUCGACACCCCUCUAUGCUCUGCUAUGGAGGAUGAAUUCCAAAAGGUUGGAGAACGUGCCAAGGCUUCUGCAGACUUCAUCGCUUCAAUGAAAAUAGGAGCUGAAGUCCCUGGAGGAAUUAUUGGGAAUCUGGCCAUUGGUGCUGAGCACUCAUUGUCAGGCAGAUAUAUCGCGUACAACCAUGACGACCUUGCAAAGUAUGCAUAGUAGAAUUCUAUACAUUGAUUUAAUAGAUCAACUAUAUUAAAGUGGUGCAG